AACAACAGAUCCCCCACAAAUUCACCUCCCUCCGCCAUUUCCACCAGAAAACUACAAACGAAAGCGACGGCGAUAACAUCAUCAUCGUCAUCCCACCCACUCUCCUCAUCUCCCGGCGAAAUACACGUAGUCGUCGGACCAAUGUUCUCCGGUAAAACCACAACACUUCUCCGCCGUAUCCUCGCCGAAAGAGAAACCGGUAAACAAAUCGCAGUCAUCAAAUCCAAUAAAGACACGAGAUACUGCACCGAGUCAAUAGUAACUCACGACGGUGAGAAAUUCCCUUGCUGGUCACUUCCCGAUCUAUCGUCCUUCAAAGAGAGAUUCGGAUUCGACGAAUACGAGAAUCGAUUAGAUGUGAUUGGAAUCGACGAAGCUCAAUUCUUCGGAGAUCUAUACGAGUUUUGCCGUGAAGCUGCUGAUAAAGAGGGUAAAACUGUAAUUGUUGCUGGAUUGGAUGGUGAUUUUAAGCGGAGGAGGUUUGGCUCGGUGCUUGAUUUGAUUCCGAUUGCGGAUACGGUUACGAAGCUGACGUCACGGUGUGAGGUUUGUGGGAAGAGAGCUUUGUUUACGAUGAGGAAGACGGAGGAGAAAGAGACGGAGUUGAUCGGUGGAGCUGAAGUUUAUAUGCCUGUGUGUCGGAGUCAUUACGUUUUUGGUCAAAGCGUUUUGGAAACCGCUCGUGCCGUUUUGGAUUCUUCAAGUAAUAAGCAUGAUGUUGUAGCAAGUUUGCUUUAAUGAGAGUUUGUAGGAUUUGUGAUAGUCGUUUAGAUAUUUUGUUUAUUAGCUUUGAGAUUGGAAUUUUAAACAUAAUUAUGUACUAUUUAAUCAAUGAUUUUAAGAAUU